CACACACAUUACAUACAUAGACACACAUCCCCUCCACACACACACACACCACCCAUACAUCACACCACACACAUAUAAUAUACCACACACGCAUCACAUGCACACACCAUACAUACCCACCAUAAAAGAAUCACAUAAACAGAUGCAGUACACACCACACACACACACACACACACACACACACACACACAUCACACAUAAGCACACCACACGCAUGACAGUCACACAAACACCACACCACACACCCCAUGGGCCGAGAUGUAAGCGCCUUCUGCAGCAAUAUUGGUAGGGGGCGGGGCCAAAGGGCAGAGAUUUUGACCCCUUAACUACACUUCCCAGAAGGCUGUGGUAUACGCUCGUCCACGUCUGACGUCAGAGCGGCUCCGGCCCCGGCGCCCUCUAGGAAAUAGAGUCCGCCCCUGCGUAGCGCAAAGGCUCCCGGGAGUUGCAGUGCGCGCCGAGUCCGCGCAGGCGCCCGUCCCCGCGGCGGCGGCCAGGCGCUCCUUUGUGGCGGCCGCUGUCUUUUUGUGGGAGGCGGGUCGGCUCGGCCGCGCGUGUAGCCUGUCGUCUGUGGGUCUUUCUGUCCGUUCGCCCCGAGCCUGUGUGCCGCCCCCGAGACUCCCGGCUCCGGGCGGCCGAGCCCGAGACCUGGCCGGCCCGCGCGGGCCGGGUGCGCGGGUGACAGGCCGUGGGGCACUCAGGUGAUGGGGCGCGAUCGUAGCCCCGGGUCCGGGGCGCCUGCGGAGCCUGCCUGACCCCGACCUUGGGUCGCGGGCUGAACCUGCAGGGCUGCGGCGAGGUGCCCUGAGCCUGGGAGCGGGCCUGUCCCUCCCUCCAGCCCCCGCCAGCGGCGGCCGCCGAGAGAGGGCGCCAUGGAGACCCCGGCCCCGGAGCCCCGGGAGACAGCUCCGUCCUUUCAGGAUCCUGCUCUUCUCCUCAAAGAGAUGCCGGAAGAUAAAUUGGGUCAGGGUAUCUUGGAUGCCAAGUCCGAGGAAUCAGUGACUUUCAAAGAUGUGGCUGUAGACUUCACCCAGGAGGAGUGGGGUCAGCUGGACUCCCCUCAGAGGGCCCUGUACCGUGAUGUGAUGCUGGAGAACUACCAGAACCUUCUCUCCCUAGGGCCUCCAGUCUGCAAGCCGGAUGUGAUCUCCCACCUGGAACGAGGUGAGGAACCAUGGCAGGUGCCCAGAGACGUCCCUGCAGGGGCUCGUUCAGAGCAGGGGCCCAGGCCUGAGACAGAGGAACCCUGGUCUCAGCAGCCAGGCGUUCACAAAGAAGAGCCAUCAUGGGAGCCAAUUGAGAAGAGGCUGGCGAGAUCAGGGCUCCACAACCAUGGUCUGGAUGGCAGGGGCACCUGGGGGGGCCCAGUAACUGCUCUGUCACAAGACAAGGCUGCCAGCACCUGGAACGUGUCCAUGGACAAGCACUGGCGGGGACAUGCAGUGUCUGAGAAGGAUUCUCACCUGAGAUGCACCCUUCUCACCCAGCCAGGCAUUCCUGCAGGAGGCAGCUCUCCAGACCAUCUGGUGGACAGCUUGAGGUCCAGUGGGGCUGGGAGCCGGCACCAUGUGGGGAGGCGUUCGUGUGGGUCUGGCCUGUUUACAUGCGGUGAGUGCGGGAAGGCCUUCCACCAGAGCGCGGCCCUGGCGCUGCACCGGCGCUGGCAUGCGCGGGAAAAGGCCUAUAAGUGUGGCGAGUGCGGCAAGGCCUUCCCCUGGAGCACCAACCUCCUGGAGCAUCAGCGGGUCCAUACCGGUGAGAAGCCCUUCUUCUGCGGCGCCUGUGGCAAGGCCUUUAGCUGCCACUCAUCCCUGAAUGUGCACCAGCGCGUGCACACGGGUGAGCGGCCCUACAAGUGCGGCGCCUGCGAGAAGGCUUUCAGCUGCAGCUCACUGCUCAACAUGCACCUGCGUGUCCACACGGGCGAGAAGCCCUAUAAGUGUGGCGAGUGCGGUAAGGCCUUCAACCAGAGGACGCACCUAACACGGCACCACAGGAUCCACACAGGCGAGAAGCCCUACACCUGCAGCGCCUGCGGCAAGGCCUUCACCUGCCACUCGUCUCUGACGGUGCACGAGAAGAUCCACAAUGGGGACAAGCCCUUCAAAUGCAGUGACUGCCAGAAGGCCUUCAACAACCGCUCCCGCCUGACACUGCAUCAGCGCACCCACACGGGCGAGAAGCCCUUCAAAUGCAGCCAGUGCGGCAAGGCCUUCAGCUGCCACUCAUACCUGGUCGUGCACCAGCGUGUGCACAGUGGAGAGAAGCCCUUCCGCUGCAAUGAGUGCGGCAAGGCCUUCAGCUCCCACUCCUACCUGAUUGUGCACCAGCGUGUGCACACUGGCGAGAAGCCCUUCGACUGCAGCCGGUGCUGGAAGGCCUUCAGCUGCCACUCGUCCCUCAUCGUGCAUCAGCGUGUCCAUACGGGUGAGAGACCCUACAAGUGUGACCAAUGCGGCAAGGCCUUUAGCCAGAAUCAUUGUCUCAUCAAACACCAGAAGAUCCACUCUGCGGAGAAGCCCUUUAAAUGUGACGAGUGUGGCGAGGCGUUUCGCUGGAGUGGCCCCCUGGCAGAGCACCGGCGGCUCCACUGUGGGGAGAAGCCCUUUGCCAUCCAGUUCGACAAGCACUUGCUGAACACCUACUAUAUGCCCAGCAGCCUGCUGGGUACAGGGGGCCCAGACAUGAGCAGCAUGGGCCCCAUCGGUGCCCUGGACGUAGCCAAACUCCUGUGCGUGGUCCCACCCUCAGCUGGCAGGAGUUUUCCGCUGGGUGGCAACCCUGGAAAUUAAUGUGGAGAGAUUGUCCUCAUGGUGGCACUCCUGCUCCUUCCCCAGAAGGCACAGUGCCAAACCCCAGAAACACCUGUUAGAGGCCAUGACCUUCUGGAAAGGAGAGUUGAAGCCUUUGAGGAUGUCCCAUCAUCCGGUUUCCUGGACGUGUUUGGAACUCACUGAACAGGGAUUAGAUCUUUGCUGCAGAUGAAUGUGUCGGUUAUGUCCUUGAAAAGACUCCCGGGUCUUUCUGUUGUGGCUCAGCGGGUUAAAAGCCCAACUAAUCCAUGAGGAUGCAGGUUUGAUCCCUGGCCUUGCUUAGUGGGUUAAGGAGCCAGCAUUGCCGUGAGCUGUGGUGUAGGUCACAGACAUGGCUCGGAUCCUGCAAUGCUGUGGCAUGGCCAGCAGCUGCAAUUCUGAUGCGACCCCUAGACUGGGAACUUCAUGUACCGUGGGUGCGGCCCUAAAACGACAAACAAAAGAAGACUCCUGGUAAUGAUUUCCAUCUGGAAUUCACUCUGUAAACUGUUAGGUUUAGAAUGAUUUUUUAAAAACAAACAAAAAAGCAUUGUGCAGCACAGUAUUACUUCCAUAUGAACAUUAUAUUCUAGGAGGGGAGAAUAAGCUCAGAUGGUGGGGGUUUGGGAAAAAGCAAGUUUCCUGGACUUGCCUCACUCCAAUAGCCCUGCUGUAGAGUCAUGUUUAGUGACAGUGCAGCCAUUACAGAACCCAACCCAGCGUCCAUGUAGCCAGAUCCUGACCUGUCAACUUCAUACCUGGCUGCCUCGUCCAUGGUGGGAAGCCAGGAGCCCACAGGCAUAUGCCCCAGGUGCAGUGUCAGGGGACAGGUGUCUGGAAGCAUGCCAGAGACUGGGGAGGUCACCUGCAGGGCUGCUCUGUGCACGUCGGAGCCCAGCCUGCCAGCCCAGCUGGGAGGGGCCCCUCAAGGAGACAGUGCUCCCCACAGAGCUAGAAAGAGGGUAUCCACCUGGGCUUCAUGUCACUUCUACUUGGUUCUAAGCAGGAACAAGCAGCUUUCUCAGAGAUGAUACUUGACAUUUGCAGAGUGCUAUAGUUUAUGAAAUGGUUUUUAGUAUACUUUUCAAAGUAUGGAGGCAAAAUAACAUUUCAUAAAAUAUAGAAUGUGGGGGGAAAUACCAAUUCUUAAUAAAACUGCAUUUUGCACUUUGAUCCAUCA